CAGCUUGCAGCCAUCACUCGAUCGCCAAGUGACGAACAUUUGCUUGACAACCACAGGUGGUCCAAAGAGUCGAGUCCAAAAAAGGAUUCUACCUUAGCUGGCUACAAUAGCUAGCUAUUGAGUAAUAGUUGUCAACUUGAUGCUAUAUUGACAGACCACAAUGAAACAUGAGAUUGUUUGUGUGACAGCAGUCUAUGUCUUCCUCUUGCUUGCCUCUCCAAGCCAAACAGCCGACGCUUUUCUACUCCCAAGACACCAGAGUUCCGCCAGAAUACAUGACACUGUACCAAGCUAUCCUACAGCAGCAACUACAGAUCCCAGAGCCUCGGAACCACAAAAAUCACCCCGAGGAGAAGCAGACAAGCAUGAACAAGUGCAGCUGCCCAACUUGACGCAAGUGGAUGUGAUUUAUGGUUCUAAGACAUCUCUCGUGUACGACGCCAAGACAGAACGGUUUCUUCCCACGGCGGCCAUCCGUCAUGCAUUGGACGAGUUUCAGUAUGGCCGUGUACAAGACGACAACAAUAAGAAUAUCCUUCGAAUAGUGUCACCCCUCUUGAACAGUCCACCCAUCACGGCCUGUCGCAAGCUAGUGGCAUACCAUGUCCAACCAUACCUUGCGGCUGCCUUUGUACCAGAAGGUGUCACGCCAGCGUAUCAUCGCUACACGCGAUGGAGGGUCCUGCAACGAUGGGUCAAUGCCAAUCUACAAGUAUUUGGAACACAAUCACUACUACUAGGAUUGGGGAUCAAAACAAAAUCACUCGCGGCAUACAGUGCCGCACUCAAUUGGGUAUUAAAGGAUGCCUUGGGAAAGGUGGUCCGUCUCAUUUGGGCAUCUAGAAUGGGGGGCAAAUUUGACAGCGACGCCAAGAGAUGGAGAAUGCGAGCUAGUUUUUUAUAUGCACUCGGAAAUGGAAUGGAAAUUGCCUGCUAUGUCUUCCCGCAAGUAUUCUUGCUAUUUGCCACCACGGCCAAUUGCUGCAAGCAAAUGAGCAUGUUGACCUGUUCGUCCACUCGAACGGCUCUCUACAAUUCCUUUCGAGACGGGUCUCGGGAAAAUAUUGGGGAUAUCACUGCCAAAGGAGAAGCAUCCAUUGCGGUAGUCGACUUGUUGGGGAUUGCCACGGGAGUAUCCUUAUCCACCAAAGUGGGAACUUCCGUCGGAGCCGUGCUCUCCGUCUACGCACUCUUGCAGACCAUUGAGAUUCUCUGCAUUUACAAAAUGAUGAGAAGUGUACAGUUUCGAGUACUCAAUUUCGAACGGCUCUGUCAAGUUUUGAAUGCAUUCAUUGGGUCAUUGCCAACGUCAUCAGCAUCGUCAAACUCGACGUUGGCAAUACCCAACAAUGCCCAACAGGACGUACCAAAUAAUGGUGCCACCUUUAAUAAUGGUGCUGUGGAGCCAAUACUAUCAUCUACCAAAACAGUUAUUGCCCCUGAUGAAAUCCAGAUUAAAACUCCCGAAGAAAUGGCCCUGACAGAGAAAAUUCUACAACCACCCGCCCACUUGGCACGGCGAGCGUUUGCAUUUGGAUCGCUGGGACGAGCCAGGUUAGACCCCGAAGAGUUGAAACAGUUGCUAGAUAUCUUUGCCAGAGAAAAGUUUCUACUAGUGGUGGGAAAGAACAUGAAAGCCCCACGCCGUGGAGUGUUGAAGCGAUUGAUGCGACGUUUCAAUGCGCUGGAAAAGAAUCCCCGUCGUUGGAACAUUCAAGAAAAUUGUCACAUUGUGUUGCACACGGAAGCCACCAAUGCCGAUAUCGUCAAGAGUUCUUUGGCACUCUUGCUUCUUCGGAAAAAGUUGUCCCUGCUUGGGGACGUGCCGGAUCCGGAUGAGAUCCGAAGUAGAGAUUGUUUGGAUCUGAUUGACGAAUCAUGCCAACAAGCAGACCGUCUCUUGCCUAAACUACUGCGACAAAUGCAAAUCAAGGGAUGGACAUCUCCGGCCCGAUUCAUGUUUGGAAGGGUGACUAUGAGGGCUGAUUGGCCAAUAAUUCAGCCAAGAGGCAAAAAGAAGAGUGAACGAUGAAGCAUGUAUCUGUGAUAUUGGGUGAUGACAGAAGUUGGAUGUUUUGGUUUGUCUAUUGAAUGUCAAGCUGCGUUUGCAGCAGUGAUGCGUUAUUUCUAGAACUACCAGCCACCCUGAAAGAUGACUUGGCCAUGGGAACAGCUUUGACAGCUAGAGCUGUGAUUUCUGGCAACAAUUCCCAAGGCAAUGACCCGUUCCCUGUCUUUCGGAGGGCACAAAUUGUGGGUUCAGUCCCUUCUCGAGCGUCUACAGCCACAUGAACUUGACAAAAGCAGCACGCCUCUUCUUCUAGAGACGCAUCCAGCAAAAGCAGGUAGGAAUUGGUGAGUGCUCGAUGACACACUGUAACCGUGACGACCACUGCAGCAUUGUCAAUCCCCGAUGGAGUCUGAGCCAGGCUAAGAUCUGACUCCAACAUGAGAUCUGAAGAAGACGAACCGACUGGGUCCAUGGAUGUCCCAGCAUCGUUGACAAUGGAGGAUGGAACAACUUUGGGUAGAAGUGUAUUUUGGAGAGCUGCUCGUAUUGCGUGACAGCAGGCAUCAAUGAUGCUUCCUGCAGUACCCGAGAGAAUCUCAACAUCCACACUGACGUUGAAUGCAUAGUGAUAUGGGAUAAUGCAUAGACUUUCCAGGUCGAUAAGAUUUGUAGCCAGUAAUUCAGAUAUGAUGGACUGCACUCUGUUCCGGUCUUCCUCGUUCUUCUUGCGAGACAGUGAGGAGUUCGCAGCAAGGCUGUCUUCCACAUGAACAAUGAGAUUCCCUUGGUUUGGUUGCGACUGCGAAGGAGUCAUCACUUCCACUUUGACACUGCAAAGAAUGUGAGUGGAAGUAGAAC